AUGAGUUCUGACGCCUCCACAUAUAGACUCGAGGACGUCUUGUCCAGCUUUUACAGAUUAGAAAAGAUUAAAAAGAUUAACUAUCAUCAGUACAUUUCUAAAACACAGAAUGAUCAAUGGUCUAUUCAAAUGGAAUUUAUGUUGCGGAAACAGGAUCCCAAAAAUCUAGUUGCAUUGCUCUCGCGUGACCUGUGGUGUUUCAGUAUAAAUGAUGACCCAAUACCGCCUCCUCCCACAAUAGAACAUAGGCCCGUAAACCCUGAUAAAGUGGGGUCAUUUACUGCUGAUUAUUCAAAACCAAAUUUACCGCCCCAUUAUGCUCUUUUUUUGAAAGCUUUACGAAGAAAAAUUUACGUUAAUUUAGCAUUAGGUUCACACAAUAAGCUAAUACAGUUUGGAAAUGCCUGCAUAUCGUUAAGCGGAGCACCAAGUUAUCUCAUACAGUUGGAGCCACAUCUUUUUGUCAACGGAGACCUCACAGUAUCGUUAUGUACUAAAAAUAUGGGCUUAGUACCGAUGAAGGAGGAUAAUUUAGAAGAAUCAUUUCUUCGAAAGCAUGCACUUUAUUUAGCACCAUCAGGAAUAAGGAUGCAUUUAGCACCUGCAUCGAAGCAAGGUUACCUGAUUCCACCGCCAAAGCAUACAGGGCUUCUCUUAACGACAUUAAGUGUGUCUCAUGGCAUAAACUUGCAAAAUAAGAAAAACUUAAAAUGGGUUGCUGUUAUUCCUGAUUUGGGGCAUCUCAAUGGCCACACACCCACUAUAGCCUCAUACUUGAAUCCAUUGAUCGAAGCCAAGAAGCUGAUAUGGCCUUUGCAUUUAAUCUUUGCUCAACCAGUAGCUGAUAUGGAAAAUUCUACUUCUGCAGAUCCCUCAGAAUUCCACAGUUUGCAGGACGCGCUCGAUGCUAUUGAUGAUUUCAUACAAUUAAAACAAACUGCAGCCUAUAGAACGCCAGGGAGCUCAGGCGUUUUAAGUAGUAACAUAGCAGGUACAAACCCCUUGAGCUCAGAGGGUGCAUACACAGAACAAUUUCAACAUUACAAGAACAAUUCAAUCGGCUCGCAGCCCGCUUCCUAUCCUUCCGUUCAAGAGACUAACAAAAUAUCUCCAAAGGACUUUUCUCCCAAUUUCACAGGCAUUGAUAAAUUAAUGCUUUCGCCCAAUGAUCAAUUUGCUCCAGCUUUUUUGAAUACCCCUAAUAACAACAUUAACGAUAAUGAAUUGUUUAAUGAUAGAAAACAAACUAUAGUAUCCAACGAUUUGGAAAAUAGUCCACUGAAGGCUGAACUGGAGGUGAGCGGGAAAUCAUUAGAAAAGAUAAAUAACCCCAUAAGCAAGACAGAAAGAGUGGAUGGAAUUACCAAUAAAGGACGCCUGCUGGAACAACAAGAACAGAACGAAGAUUUGAUGAGUGACAAAAGUGACGCUAUGGUAGAUAAAGAGUUGUUUGGUGAGGACGAGGACGAAGACUUAUUUGGUGAUAGUAAUAAAUCAAACUCCACAAAUGGGUCCAACAAAAGCAUAUCUGACGAGAUUACAGAGGACAUGUUCGAGAUGUCUGACGAAGAAGAGAACAAUAAUGGCAAAUGUGCUAACAAUAAUAAUAGAGACACACAUACCGAUCUUGGUAAAGACAUGUCAUUUUUUCCACCAUCUGAAGAACAAAGUAUCCGCACAAUGAGUGGAACAGCAAAAAAAUUAAAUGGGAAAAGGAAAUACUUGGAUAUUCCGAUAGAUGAAAUGACUUUGCCUACAAGUCCAUUAUACAUGGAUCCUGGUGCACCUCUUCCCGUAGAAACGCCUCGUGAUAGACGUAAAAGUGUUUUCGCACCGUUGAAUUUCAACCCAAUAAUAGAAAACAAUGUUGAUAACAAGUACAAAUCUGGAGGGAAAUUUUCAUUCAGUCCAUUGCAAAAGGAAGAAGCACUGAAUUUCGAUGUUUCAAUGGCAGAUCUUUCCAGCUCUGAAGAAGAAGAGGAAGAAGAAGAUGAUGAUGGAAGCAGUGAUGGGGAACUCAAAUCAUUGAAUGUACGCGACGAUAUGAAACUUUCUGAUAACAUCGGUACUGUUACUAAUUUUCAUGAGCCCCAAUAUAUUAAUUAUUCUUCUAUGCCGAAUUUGCCAGAUUCUAUCAUGAAACAAGAAAAUUUCAGUUCAGCAAACGAAGGUAAUAUCACUGGUAACAAGGAGGGUUUCAAUUCUAUUUGGAAGAUCCCUCAAAACGAUAUACCGCAAACGGAGUCACCAUUAAAGACCGUUGAUCCAUCUAUUCAAACUACAGAAAACAAUUUGAAGUCGACCCUUGAAGACAAUAGUGCUACCACAAACUCAUCAGAGUUUUCGUCCAAUUUAGUGAAUUCUGAAACACCAAAUUUACCAAAUGACAAAAGCGGGAUUCCUGAGUUUACGCCAGCAGACUCCAACUUACCCAUGGAAUCAUCAAGUAGUUUACCAUUCCUGUUGAGACACAUGCCGCUAGCAUCUAUUCCUGAUAUUUUUAUUACCCCAAACCCCGUAGUAACGAUAUCAGAAAAGGAACAGGAUAUUUUAGAUUUAAUUGCGGAGCAGGUAGUCACUGAUUAUAAUAUUCUAGGAAAUCUCGGUAUCCCAGAAAUUACAUACAAGGGAGUGAGAAAUUGUCAAGGCGGUCUAGUAAGAACAACAAUGUUGCAAUUAUUUUCGUCCUUUGACAGAUUAAAUGGGAAUGAAACGAUCUCCAAAUUUUACAAUAUGAAACAGCCCUAUGUCUUUGUGAAGAAACAUCACGAAUUAAUCAAAGUCAAACAUGACUCUCAAGCAUUUACUAAGUUCCUGAAUUUCCGCCCACCAAAUGGUAUAAAGAACUUCAAGUUUUUGUUAUUGAGUUCUUCCUUCAAGGAAGAUAGUCUGUCGUUUGCACCUACCUUAUCACAAACUUACAUCAACCAGGAGUUAGGGUUUUGCGAGUUGCUCAAAUUAACCAAUGAAGAUCCACCUGGAUUAAUGUAUUUGAAAUCAUUUGACAUGAAUAAGUUACUGUUAUUAUCUGCACAGAUUGUUUCAUAUUGUUCGAAUAGCAAGAACUCUAUCAAAAGUGUACCACCAAUAUUGAUUAUAUUGCCCUUAGAUAAUGCAACGUUGAGUGAGUUAGUAGACAAGGCGAAUAUUUUCCAAGUGAUCCGGAACGAAGUAUGCGCCAAGAUGCCUGAUAUUGAGCUAUUCUUGAAGGUUAUCCCCAUGGACUUUAUCAAAAACGCGUUGGUGACGGUGGACCAGUAUGUGAACGUAGCUAUUUCUAUAUACAAUAUGCUACCACCAAAAUCCAUAAAGUUCACUCACAUUGCGCAUACGCUACCAGAGAAGGUAAAUUUCAGGACCGUGCAGCAACAGCAGAAGCAACAACAACAACAACAACAACAACAACAACAACAACAACAGAACAAUAGCACGGGGUCAUCUUCUAUAAUAUUCUACGACUCAUACAUCCAUCUGGCAUAUUCCCGUAGUGUAGAUAAAGAGUGGGUUUUCGCAGCGCUCUCAGAUAGUAAUGGGCAAGGAAGUAUGACCAAGACAUGGUAUGUUGGUAAUGCCAGAGGCAAAUUUGAUGACGCGUGUAACCAAAUAUGGAAUAUGGCUUUGAACUUAGCCUCCAAGAAAUACGGCAAAAUAUGUCUAAUUUUAACGAGGUUGAAUGGCAUACUACCGGAUGACGAAUUAAUGAAUUGGAGAAGACUCUCCGGUAGAAAUAUACACCUUGCAGUCGUGUGCGUGGAUGACAACUCCAAAAUCUCAUUCAUAGACGAGGACAAGUUGUAUCCUAGUUUCAAGCCGAUCUACAAAGAUACUAAGUUUGGUGGACAUAUCGAUAUGACCAGAUUGGAUGACUACGAAGUAAGAGACAUUGACCAAGACAUACAUGGGGUGGUAUUCCAGCACCCAUUCCCUCUGGCACAUUCGCAACAUCGCUGUGCCAUCAGGAGUGGCGCCCUAAUAAAGUUCAAGAAAUGCGACGGCGAUACUGUUUGGGAUAAGUUCGCGGUCAACCUUCUGAACUGUCCACAUUCUGACAGCACACAAUUACUAGAAACAAUCCUGGAAGAGUUCCGCAAUCUUGCAGCCCUGAAUGCGUGGUACGGCCUCUCUGAUGGCACAGAUGGUCAUAUCCCAUGGCAUAUCUUAGCCGUGAAAAAAAUGAUGAACACGCUUGUGCACACCAGAGUGAAAAUCGCCAACACUACCACCGCCGCUAAUAACACCGCCGCCUCUUCAUCAGUUACCAUCUUAGAUGAAUAA